UUAUUAUACAGAAUUUAUAUAGCACCAAAAAGUUUGCUCUGCGCUGUACAUUAUAAACAAAAUGUGAAGUGGUGAGCAGGGGUGGACUGACAACUCAUGGGCCCCCGGGCAAUAGGGGAUCAGGGACCCCUGUGUCCUUGCCCAAACUCGAAAAAGCCUAUGAAAAAGGUACCAGGGGCAUCUCAUGGGGCCCCCUACUGACCCCGGGCCCUCAGGUAGUGGCCGAGUUUCCAAAUGGUCAGUCCACCCUUGGUGGU